CUCACGACCCCCACUACGUGUCAUCCUCAGGCUUAACACCUGCCCUGCAACCCCCCAUCAAAAGGCCACCGCCAUCUCAAAGGACUUCACAAGGUGAAGAUUAGGCAGAGCAAUGGGCACAGCAACCUUCCUGGAAGUCUUGCUGGCCAUUCUCCUUCCCCCUGUCGGCGUCUUCCUCCGCUAUGGCUGUGGGGUGGAGUUCUGGAUAGACUUGCUGCUAACCAUUCUGGGCUACAUUCCAGGAAUCCUAUAUGCGCUCUAUGUGCUGGUUAGUUUAUAGACUCAUGAGUUGUACGUCUGAUACCAGAAUGGGCUGUAUAUCUUCUUCUACUUCGUUAAAAUGUCGGUUGCUUAAUUAUGAUGUAAUAAUGUAUGUAUGUAUGUACGUAUGUUUUAGGAAUUGUAUCAGCCUCUGCUCUUGUUGAAUGCGUGGAGUAGUUAAAUA